AUGUCUGCGAUACCGAGGACACCAAGUUUGGCAGACAGAUUCGAGGGGAACAGCAGCACAGAUGGAUUCAAUCAUAUUCUUGAGGGUCGCAAUUUUAAAUGGGACUUGGGGCUUCCGGUGAACUCAAUUGAGUCACCCAAGCAGCGACAAUUAAAAUGUAAAUCGGAGGAGGAGGAAUGUGUCAAUAAGAUUGUGGCCCGAAUCAGGUUCCUCUAUUGGAAGGACAAUGCUGGAUUAUUAGAUGCUCUUGAAACAUUCGAUGCGCAAGCUCACAAGCUAUAUGGUGGGUGGGUAUUGAAAGUUAAUGCUGAUCGAGGCGUUUUACCUGACAAGACUCGCCAUAGGCCACGCCCAAUAACAUCCGACGAACGAAGGGAAUUACGAGAGAAACUUCUGAAAGUUCUAAAUGCCAAAUAUGAAAUCACAGCAAGUCGUUCGUGCCAGGGUAGCUCGUCGAGAGCUUACACGCCUAUCCGGUCAACUGGGGAAACACCAAAGCCUGACGACAGUCCUCUUGCUUUUCCGCUCAGCUCCGCUAGGAAAAAUGACGGCAAACAUCGCCUCGAACCAUUUCCUAAUAUUGAUCCCAGCAUCAAAAAGGCGAAAGGGCCAUCGAUCAAGUCAUCAGGCCACGAAGGUCCCUCUAAUCAUCCAUUGUCGCGAUGGAACGUAUCGAAGCCCCGAUUUACGGAUACGUUUCAAUACAAAACGGUGCCUCUGAAAGGUGAUGGAAACUCAAAUGGGGAUAUAAGUUUCACGACAAAUGCUUCGACAAUAUUCUCACAGGGAUGUAGUAGUACUCUCGUUAACACUCAAGCUACCGAGCCAGAACCGGAGCCUAUCAUGAAGUUACGGAUAGAACCUCACUCAUUGGAUGAUCAAGGGCCGAAAACACAAAGUUCUGAUUUCGAUAGUAGUUUUGAUGGUAUUGAAGUCGAGAGGAUGUGCCAGGUGACGGAAAGUUCUGGUGCCAAUAUGUCGUCGCAAGCUGGACCUCAGUAUGAUAUGGCUGAUGACAUGAUUGAUGACACGGAGGAUGAAAUAGCCAAUGAAAUAUUUAACGAGACCAUGAAUGGCACAAAUCAGGGAGAAACGGAGAAUUGCUUGAACGAAGUUUUACCAAUGUUACCCCAUUGCCUGCAAAAGGCCCCUUUUUUUGUCAGUUAUGAAAUUACUCGCGUGUUUCUCUUUGUCGAGGUUUCCAUGGCCGAAUUCACCUUGCCAUACACUAAAGAGUGGGAACAAUAUGAUAAACUCUGGAAUAUGUUGAAAACGCUUCCUGUUCUUCAAAAUAAAAAGUUUCCGGAAAGAUGUGGAGCGAAUGUUUGGGAGGUUGCUAUGAGAGGAUACAUUCGAGGGUUUAAUGGAGUGGUCUUUACCGCUGCUUUGCUUGAGAAUAAAAAGGAGUCGGGACCCCUGUUCUCCUUUCGACUAAAACCAAUGAGGCUGGAUUUGACUCACCGUCUCGAACGAAGAUUUGGUAGUGACAGGUUCUUUGAAAUUGCGAUACCCGACUUGGAGGGUAGAAGAACGGGUUCCGCACUGGCAAAAGUAGAUCCUGAUGCGUGGAAUGCAUUGAAAUCUUGGCUGGUGAAUGGGGACCAUCAACUUUUCGCUAGAACUUACAAGUCAUAUUUUGUCAAGUGCGGCGAAAGGAAGAGGAAGAGCACUUUGAAGUCAGAUUCCGAGGAGGAUAGUUCUGCUUUGCCCUAUCGUGCCUUUCUCUUUGCGACUGAUGGCCAUGGCUUCAUCAAGGAAAGUAGAAAGAGGAUUCCCGCUCCCAAUGUCCCUGUUCGUAUGACAGUUGAGGAACUUUUGAAUAGUAUCAGACCGACUUCAGAGAAUGAUUAUCAACCAUACAUGAAGCUGUUUGCGAGAACCGCUUUAGUUGUCUCUAGGAAUCGGGCGACUGUUACUAUUGAAGAGGCUCAGAUCCGACGCAAAGAGGAUAUCAGAAACCCGGAUGUAAAUGAUCCCAGCAAGACCUACGUUAUGACAGAUGGUGCUGGUAGAAUGUCAUUAGCUUUGGCUAGGAAGAUAGUACUCAAACUCGAGUUGUCGUACAUACCAUCAGCAUUUCAGGGAAGAUUUGGUGAAGCAAAAGGCCUUUGGAUCGUUGACCGCACCCAGGAUAUCGAAAGCGAUUGGAUUGAGUUAUAUGGUGAGCAAUGCAAAUGGAAACGUGGAAAAAAGGGCAGUCAAAAUUUUGAUCAUCCUUCCCAUCGCACCUUUGAAGUUGUGGGACACUCGGCUCCAUUGAAGACGGCGGAUCUAAAUACUCAACUUCUUCCAAUUCUCAUGCAUCAAGCCACAAAUUCAAAGAGGAUGGAAAAUGCAAUCGUAGGCGCAUUGAAAGAAGGAUUAAAUCAAUCGCUGGAAGAACUGAGAAGCGCUUUAAAUUCUCCUCAAGAACUUCGUUGUUGGAAUCGGCUCACGAACUCUGCGCUACAGGACAGGGUCAAGAAUGGUACUCUCCAAUGGCUUGGAGGUUUGCCCGCUAAGAAUGAAGACAAGCUUAGUGUGCUUCUUGAUGCUGGUUUUGAUCCUCGAAGACUGCAGUUUGUCAUGGACUUGGUUAAGAAAGCUUUCGAUAUGAAAUGUGCGGAAUUGAAGGAACGCCUCAAUAUCACCGUUGCGAAAUCUACCAAAGUGUACAUGGUUCCGGACUUUUGGGGUGUCUUGGAGCCCAAUGAGGUUCAUUUGGAUUUCUCAAGUUUUGUGGACAAUGAAACUGGAUUAUCUGAUACCCAACUGGAGAAUAUGGAUGUACUCGUUGCUAGAAACCCUGCUCAUUAUCCUAGCGAUAUUCAACGAGUCACUGCAGUCAACAAGCACGAAUUGAGGCAUCUUAAAGAUGUUAUCGUCUUCUCUACUAAAGGUUAUCCAGCCCUUGCCGAUAAGUUAUCAGGUGGUGAUUAUGAUGGAGAUAUCGCAUGGGUCUGUUGGGAUCGUGCUAUUGUUGAAAGUUUCGCUAAUGCGGAUGUUCCCAAAGUUCCAGAUCUUGUCAAAGAAGGUUACAUUGAGCAAAAUAAAACUACUUACGCACAGUUGACCAAGGGCUCUUCUGAUCCCACGAACAGAUUCCUGAAUGCUAGCUUUGACUUUAAUAUGUGUCAAAGUUUGCUGGGUCAAUGUACAGCUUGGAAGGAAAAUAUUGAGUACAAAAUUGGUGGUGAUCUUAAUAGGCAAGAAAUCACAUUCUUGGCAACUUUGCUUAGCAAUCUGGUUGAUCAGGGGAAGCAAGGUUAUAUUUUCACAGAGAAACACUUCCAAAAAGUUAAGAGACACAUAAGGAAGAGUGCGGGUGCACCUCACACGCCAGCAUACAAGGUCAAGAAUCCAAGUGAAAGGCAAAAGCCUACAGAUCACGUCCUUGACAAAAUGACAAAGGUGGUUGAGGAACAAACUGAUAAAUUUCUCGACGAGCUUCGCAAAAGCAUCAGUCCUGCUCCACCUCAAUAUGAUUCCACCUUGGCUCAACUCUACAAGGAUCAAAGAGUCAAGGCAAAAGCGAGGACGGGUGAAAAUAUAGCAUUGGAAGAAAUCGAAAUGGCAACGGAAUGGAACCUUCUUCUCGAUCAGUUGGAUGAGGAUAUCGCGAGAGUUAAGAAUAAAUGGAAUGGUUCUUUCAGAAGAACACCAUCUAAAAGAUUUAACUCCGACGAUGACGAGUCCCGUCCGGAUUUCGCACCGAUCCGAGAUUCAUGCUUUGAAGAUUUCUGCGACAUCAAACCUCUUCCAAGCAGCAAAUUGAUUCCAGCAUGGCCAGAUCAAGAUACUGAAUCAGAAUCGGGAACAUGGGCACUUUUGAGAGCAAGUGCUCUUUACGCCACAUACGAACCUAGGAAAAAGUAUAGCGAUAGGAUAUCGACAUUUCCGUGGUGGAUGGCGGGGUUACAGCUUGCUUCGAUCAAAUCGAAGCAGAAUGAACAGGUUCCCAUGGCGGGGUGUAUGUAUGCGAUGCUGAAAGCGAAUACGGGGUUUGUGAAACAGUUGAGGGGGUAUGAGGGGAUGGGAAUGGGGAUGGGGUCGGAUGUUGAGAUGGGGAGUCUGGAUGAGGAGGAAAUUAAGAGUGUGUUUGAGAGUGAGUCUGAGUUUGACGUUGAUGAUGAUGAUGGUUUUUUUCACGAGUUUUGA